UCGCGUGGUAGAGAAUAUUCUCUAUCAUUCAAGUUCUAUGAGCUGAGCCACAAAGCUAGUGUUGGGGCACAGGGACCAGAUCGCGAUUUGGCCAAAGAUUGGGAAAAGGAGCAUCAGUCAGCCGAAACGAUUGAUGGAUCUUCGUUUUAUAUUUAUCUCCACCAACCAAAAUUUAUAAACUGUGAGAAUAAUAACGGGAAUAUAAGUGAGAAUAUGAGUGGGACCACCAACGCCGGAACUUCUAAUAUGUUUAUGGCCAGCAAAAGAAAUUUGGGAAAGGUCUCAACGCUUGCACCCCAACAUGAACAACCUGACGAAAACGUCAAUGAUAACGAUGUCACCUUAAGAUCACCGGGUUAUGAGUCUGAAGAUGAAUAUAUUCUACAAGAAGAUCCUUGCGCUAUUAUUGAUUGUAAACUGAUUAUUAACAAUGUAUGUAUCCGGUCAGCAAUGGAGAAAUGGCGCGAAUCGUCAAAAUACGUCGAAGAAAUACACAAGCAAGACUUAAUGCGCUACAACAUUCUAGAUACGACCAGUUCAUCUGCAACAAAAGCACGAACGCUCUUUAAGAAACAUUGGGACGAUAUCAUCAGUACUAUAGAAGGAGUUUUGACGUCUGCUUCCACUUCAGCUUCAGCUGAUCAAGACACCGAACAUGAUGGCCAGGCAGAAGAAGUAAAGCAAUACAUGAAAGAAAUCUUGACAAAUGUGAAUUCUGCAACGAAAUUGCAUGAAACCAUCAAGACAGAGCAUGCAAAGUUGCAGGCCGAUGGUAACAUAAAAUGGAAGAGGAGGGCUUUGGGGUUGAUGAAAAUCUUUCGGGACCAGUUUCCAAAUGGAAGGAACUGUUUCCAAGAAGAUCAGACCGAAGAUGAUUAUAUCAUUAGGUUCGUUUCUCGUGUGUAUAUCAUGCUAUUCAAAGAUAAGACGACGUUGAAAUGUAGCUGGAGAAAAAAAACUUUGCGAUCUUCUGCCGCUCUGCUCAACCAGUCAUUAAAAGACGAUGAUCGGCGGUGCUCUGACAAAAUCGAUGCAAUCCUGUCAAUGAAGUUUCGGGCUCCAUCACAUCUUGAACAUACUCACUAUGUCGGAGAUAGGAACAAAACCGCAAAAAUGCUCAAAAUUAUUCUGAAUUUCAUCAAAAUCAACUACUCGGGUUGCUUUGAAGAGUUUAGGAAGAUCAAAGUAUACGGUGUCCAGAUUUAUGACCAUAACUUCUACAUUUAUAGCAUGUGUAUGCCCUUUGCUGGCAUUUAUUAUUUCAAACUUGAAAAACGGUUCACUUGUCCGACGAUGACGUUUUUGCUAUUCAAGCAGUUACCAAAGUUCGCCUUGAACUUGCGGAUGUUACAGGACAUGAUUACAUCAAGUACCGAGAGUAUAUUGACUUACGUCACAAAUACCACUUCUGAAUCAAGUGAUGACGAUACCAUGAUUGAUAAAGUGAAACCCUCACCCAAGAAAAACAAGAAAAAAAAGAAUGAAUAG